AUGCUCAAACACGUACAAAUAUCACCCCUACGCAAUCGUUCCGAUUCGGUGUCAUUGCGUUCAAGCACAUCAUGUGCCUCAUCGAUGUGCGGCAGCCCCGAACCGCCCACAGAUUUACAGCGUACACCAUCGCGGGCCUCCAGCUAUUCCAGCCUAAAUGAACAAUUACCUCAGACCACCAUUAAAGUAUUCACCAGCUGUUUGAAAAUCGAUAUUGAAUACAAGACCUUGGGCAUACAAUGGGAUACGACCAGUAAGGAAGUCAUUGCGCAAUUAUUAAGGCGCCUAAAAAUGCGCCACCGUGAUCCCCGUCUCUUCUAUCUAUCCAUGGAAGUGUCGGUGCGUCGAGCUGGCGUCAAAACCGUCAUGGUCUUAGAUGAUGAUACCCGUCCGGCCAUUUUGCAAGCCUGUCAUCCCAAAGGUGAAUCACGUUUCUGCCUGCAAUUGAAACCUGGUGGUUUGAUUCGUGUUCAUACCUCAGCCCUGCUGCCCUCAUCACAAUACAAAUCUUUGGUAAUCUCCGAAGAGACUACCUCAGAUGAGUUACUGCAGUUGUUAUUGUCCUGCUAUAAUUCUAUGGAACCUGUGGAACAAUUCUCCAUAUAUGAGGUUUGUCCCGGCCAAGAAUAUCAGCGCAAAUUGCAUCCCGAUGACAUUCCGCUGCGUGCCCAAACGGAACGCUGCAAACGUGGCGAGACAUGUCAUUUCUUGGUUAGACGUAAUCCCAAUUAUGCCCGGCGUCGUCAAAUUCUCAAUGCCCUGGAUGAAGUAGAGCAGGCAUAUAAAGUUUCAGAAAAUUCCACAAAUUCCCCUGCUGCCAAUAACAACAACACCAAAUCUUCCUCCUCCUUUGAUGCUGAUUGUAGUAUGAAUUCUUUAGAUGAUAGUUCCAGCCUUUUAGACAUUUCCAUUGAAACCUUGUCGGAUGAUCUGCAAUCCAUAAUGACAACAAGUGAUGAAGAUGAUGUUGAAUGUGCCUCCUCAAUAUCAGGCUCUUCAACAGACACCUCUUCCUCGUGUUCAUCGUCUGAGGGUUCAGCGAGCAUAAGACGUACCCCCUCAACACUGACGGUGAUUUCAAAACCCUCAUUAGCUCCUGCCUCUGAAUCAUGUGGUCAUUGUCCAAAUACCCCUCCUGCCAGUUGUGAUUUUUGUCAUAAGAACGCGGCGAAAACUCCCUCACCACCCUCCAGCUAUAGUCCGGUAUAUAAUAUUCGGGAGAUACGUGCCGGAUCUCAUUCAUUUUCUUGCCUGGGAAGUGAUAAGAAACUGUUGGAUAUGGAAUUGAAUGGUCGUUUUGACCCUUCGACAGCGUGUCGUAUGAGACCACAAAGUGUAUAUCGGCCAGCAGUGCCUCGAGUCAUCUUGGAUGCCACCAGUGCGACAGAAACCACAUCGGCAGCAGUUUUAAUACAAGAUGUUAAUGGUAAUCAUGCGACGAAGCCAGCGGCACCAAUGAAAUCCGCCACCACCACAACAUUGGGUGGAGAGGAAGUCAACAAUAAUCCUUCGAAGGGUUUGGGACAUUUUGUCUAUAUAUAAGUAG